AUGGCAGAAGUCGCACCAGCACCCGCCGCCGCUGCGCCGGCCAAGGCACCCAAGAAGAAGGCAGCAGCCAAGCCCAAGAAAGCGGGACCCAGCGUAGGCGAGCUCAUCGUCAAGGCGGUGUCCGCCUCCAAGGAGAGGAGCGGCGUGUCCCUGGCCGCGCUCAAGAAGUCUCUGGCGGCAGGCGGCUACGACGUGGAGAAUAACAACUCCCAUGUCAAGAUCGCCGUCAAGAGCCUCGUCACCAAGGGCACCCUGGUCCAGACCAAGGGCACCGGUGCCUCCGGCUCCUUCAAGCUCAACAAGAAGGCCGUCGAGGCAAAGAAGCCCACCAAGAAAGCCGCAGCCCCCAAAGCUAAGAAGGUGGCCGCCAACAAGCCCGCCGCCACCAAGAAGCCCAAGAAGGUAGCAGCCAAGAAGGCCGUGGCCGCAAAGAAGUCCCCCAAGAAGGCCAAGAAGCCCGCUACACCCAAAAAGGCCGCCAAGAGCCCAAAGAAGGUGAAGAAGCCCGCCACAGCAGCCAAGAAAGCAGCCAAGAGCCCCAAGAAGGCUACCAAGGCAUCGAAGCCCAAAGCCGCAAAGCCCAAGGCAGCCAAGGCCAAGAAGGCAGCCCCCAAGAAGAAGUAA